AUGUCAUUGCUGCUCAGACAUACUUCAGCAGUGAACACACCAGUAAAUGGCUGCGCCGAAGUUUAUUUGAAGCCACCAAGUCUCACGACUCAGUACUGGGUUGUCGCAGAACGAAAUACUAUCGACAGAAUCGUUCCAGACACUGUCAACGGCAAACCCACGGCUCAAGUUACUCUGAUCACUCCUCGUGAUUCGCCAUACAGUGCUGUUUCGGCUAAAGCAGACUCGGGCUCCGUUGUGCUUAAUGCUACUUCCAACCCUGUUGGGAUGAUCAUUCCUGGUGGAGACAGAACAACGGAAUCUCUGCAAGACUUGGCAUAUGUUUUGUCUCCUUAA